AUGGGCUUGUCCUUCUGGAAGCCACAGACCGCGGUCGAAGUGGCCAGCGACAGGUCCAACUACAACUCGGACAGCGAAAACUCCGUCAUCCACGAUGGAAAGUUGGCCUACGUCCGCUUCGCUGCCGGCAACGGCUCCGGGCCCUCGUACCAGGAGGCCGCCGGCGCUCCCGUUGAGUCCAAGUCGCCGCUUGGCUACCAUGUCAACUGGGUCACCGUCAUCUUCCUGAACAUCAACAUGAUGAUCGGAACCGGUAUCUUCUCAACUCCCGGAAACAUCCUCCGAAACACGGGCUCCGUCGGCUUGGCCCUGAUCUACUGGGUCAUUGGGUUCUUCAUGGCCGCUGCUGGUCUUGCCGUGUACCUCGAGCUUGCCAGUUAUUUCCCGAACCGCAGCGGCGGCGAGGUCGUCUACCUCGAGCAGGCCUAUCCUCGUCCGAAGCACUUCUUCCCCGUCACCUUUGCCGUCCAGUCGAUCAUCCUGUCUUUCAGCAGCAGCAACGCCAUCGUUCUGUCACGUUAUCUUUGGCGCAUCAUCGGUCGGGCCCCCACCGACUGGGAGAUGAAGGGUGUCGCUGUUGCCGCUUACACCUUUGCUGUCAUCUGUGUCAUCGCCCACAACAAGUAUUCUCUCUGGGCGUCCAACGUAAUUGGUGGCCUGAAGAUCAUCACCCUCGUCUUCAUCAGUAUCACCGGUCUCGUAAUCCUCGGCGGCAAUGUCGACCGCGUUCCCGAUCCCCACCGCAACUUCCGCAAUGCCUUCUCCGGUACCACUCAGAACGGCAACGACCUGGCCAACUCGCUGGUCAGCAUCGUCUUCUCGUAUACGGGCUACUCCAACGCUUUCAACCUCGUCAAUGAGAUCCAGAACCCCAUUCCCACCCUGAGGAAGAACGCCACAAUCUCGCUCGGCAUUGUCUUUGUGCUCUACUUCCUGUGCAACAUUGCGUACUUCUCGGCUGUGUCCAAGGCCGAGUUUGCUGCCUCGGGCGAGAUUGCUGCCGCCACCUUCUUCCGCACUGUCUUCGGCAAGGGUGGCGCUGAGCAGGCCCUGAACUUCCUCGUGCUGCUCAGUUCCUUCGGUAACCUCCUCGUCGUGCUCAUCGGACAGUCUCGCUCCAUCCGUGAGAUCGGUCGCCAGGGCGUUCUCCCCUUCACCGAGUUCUGGGUGUCGACGCGCCCCUUUGGCACCCCUCUGGGUCCCUACCUCUUGAAAUGGGGCAUGACAUUCCUCAUGAUCGUCGCUCCCCCGGCUGGAGAUGCCUUCGCUUUUGUCGUCAGUCUGCAGACAUACCCAAGCGCCAUGUUCUACGUCGCCAUGCCGCGUCCCGAGUUCAAGGCUUGGCAUAUUGCUGUCAUUUUCUUCCUGCUCAUUCAGGUCUACCUCCUCGUCAUGCCGUGGUUCCCUCCCAAGGGAGGCAUCUACGCCGGAGACGUUAGUUUCUUCUAUGCGACUUACUGCAUUGUUGGUAUCGCCAUCAUGAUCAUCUGCGGCAUCUACUACUACGUCUGGAUGUACACUCUGCCCAAAUGGAAGGGCUACCGCAUCAGGACUGAGGUCCUCGAUGUGGAUAUCAACGAGGACACUGGCGCCAACACGCACCGCCUCGUACGGGUUCCCCUCGCCGAACUCGCUGAAUGGGAUCAGACCCACGACGAGACUGGCCGCCUGCGCCGCCGCCAUGUGGCGUCUGGCAAUGCGGCCGGUUCUGACGACUCGCUGCAGGGUGACGAGAAGCACGUAGCGCAGAACCCGUCGUACGUCCAGGAUGGGCUUAACACGCCCAAAUCGUAG